AUGGAUCCAAACUUUCCAGAAGCUAGCAAUUUCACAAAGGGCUAUUACCACUUUGAUGAAGAAGGAAGCAUAGUGGUCUCUGAGUUUGAUCCUAAUCAAUAUGAUAACUUUCUUGAUGCUGAUCCAAAUCAAUAUGAUGGCUUCCUUGAUGCUGAUCCACUUGAUUUUUCAGCCAACACCAUUCCUACACAAGGUUCUUCUAUUGCCUCUGUCACAGAUCCUUCCCUUGAAGACACUGAUUUUUCAGAUACAAUUAAGUUCAUAAGCCAAAUCCUUAUGGAAGAGGAUGUUGACCGCAGACCGUUUUACGACCCGCUUUUGCAAAUUACCCAGAAAUUAUUCAAUGAUGCCCUCUUACAAGAUAACAAACCUCUUUCCCCCAAUCAACACCCUUUAGAUAUUCAUAGUUCUGAUGGAAGCACCAGCACCAGCACCAGCACCAGCACCAGCACCAGUAAUAGUAAUAGUAAUAGUAAUAGUAAUAGUAAUAGUAAUAGUAAUAGUAAUAGUAAUAUUGAAGAAUUUCGAGAGUCAAAACCCCUUUCCCCCGAAACUCCUGUUUCCGAUCUUAGUAAUAAUGUUUUUCAGUUUAAUUCACCUGCUAUUUCUUACACUUUGUCUCGACCUCAUACUACUAGUGUUAGUGAUGGACUCAGAGAUUUGGAUUCUUCUAUCACCAAUCUGUUGUCGCAAAACAUUUUCAGUGAUGCAGAUUCAGUUUCCUUAUUCAGGAAAGGUUUAGAAGAAGCCAACAAGUUUCUUCCUCCGCAGCCUAAGCUCGUGACCGGUCUAGAAUCCUCCAAUUUCAAUAUGGUUGGAGAGAAAGAGAAUCCCUUUCUGUUGAAGGGUAGAAAGAAUCACGAGCGCGAAGAAAGUGAUGAUAAAGAAGAAGAAGAAGAAGAAGCUAGGAGAAGUAACAAGCAAUCGGCCAUUAGUGUUGUUGACGAAGAUGAAUUAUCAGAGAUGUUUGAUAAAGUUUUGCUUAGUCUGGAGCAUUUGCCACUUUGCAAUGACAAUGAUAGCUUACAGAAUGGACAAGUGAAAACUGAGCAGUCGCCUCCAUCGAAUGGAGGAAAGGCUCGUACUAAGAAACAAAGCAAGAAGAAUGAGACCAUAGAUUUGAGGAAUCUUCUGCUUCUGUGUUCACAAUCUGUGUAUUCCAAUGACAACAGAAAUGCUAAUGAACUUCUGAAGCAGAUUAGGCAACAUUCUUCACCCUUUGGGGAUGCACCACAGAGGCUGGCUCAUUACUUUGCCAAUGGCCUUGAAGCACGCCUAGUCGGUAAUGGUGCUAAGGUACAAACGUUCUUUUUCUCGGCGAGCUCCAAGAGGAUUAGCACUGCUGAGUUUUUGAAAGCAUAUCAAGUUCAUCUAUCUACUAGCCCAUUCAAAAAGUUUGCAUACUUUUUUGCAAUUAAAGCGAUUACCAAAGCUGCUGCAAAUGCUGAAACCCUUCACAUAAUUGAUUUUGGUAUCCUUUAUGGUUUUCAGUGGCCAAUACUUAUUAAGUUUUUAUCCGAUACAAAAGGUGGACCUCCAAAACUUAAGAUCACCGGGAUAGAGUUCCCUUUACCCGGCUUUCGUCCAAUGGAAAGAAUCGAGGAAACUGGUCGUCGUCUUGCGAACUAUUGUAAGCGUUUCAAUGUUCCCUUUGAGUUUAACGCCAUAGCAUCGCGGAAUUGGGAAACAAUUCAAGUCGAAGAUCUUAAAAUCAAGAGCAAUGAGGUAGUUGUUGUGAACUCUUUGAUGAGGUUUAAGAAUUUAGUGGACGAGACAAUUGAAGUGAACAGUCCUAGAGAUGCGGUUCUUCAUUUGAUCAGGAAGAUAAAUCCGAUACAGGAUGAUGAUGGAGAAGGAAACUCUGGGACUAAGUUGAGGAAAUGGUACCAUAAAGAUUUUGUUUUUGAUGAAGACAACAAUUGGAUGCUUCAAGGUUGGAAAGGUCGCAUUUUAUAUGCUUCAACUUGUUGGGUGCCUGCAUAA